AUGUUAAUUAAGAUUAUAAUUUUAAUAGGUUUAUUUCAUCAUGUAAUAUUAUCAUUGAAAUUGGUUAAUUUAAAAAAGAAGAGAUCAAACGUUUUUUUUGUAAAUAAUAAGAUAUUAAAAAGAAAUGUGCCUAAAAAGAAAUAUAGAAUAUUAAGUAAUAAAAACCAAUCUUAUAUUGGAUCGAAUUAUAUAUUUAAUAGAAUUUUUAAUGAUAAUAUAAAAUCGAAUGGAGAUAAGACUAGCGAACUUUUACAACGAGCUAAUUAUAUAAGAGAUGUUAAUGGGAUAUAUAAUAUAUUACCUUUAGGCUUUCGUGUAAUAAAUAAAAUAAUUGAUUUUCUAAAUAAACAUUUAGAAAAACUAAAUUCUCAUGCUAUGAGCUUAAGUAUACUUCAAGCAAAAAAAUUAUGGAAUAUAUCUGAUAGAUCAAAAUUAUAUAGUGAUGAAUUUUUAUAUGUAUAUAAACAGAAACAAUCGAAAAAUGAUAAGAGCUCAGAAGAAAGCUUAAAAAAAAAAAUUGAAGAUGAUGGAUAUAUCUUAAGUCCAACAUGUGAAGAAUCAUCUUUAUCUUUAAUAAAUCAAAUAUAUAAUGAAAAUAUUACUAUUAAAUGUUUACCCUUAUUAAUUCAUCAAUAUAAUUAUAAAUUUAGAAAUGAAAAAAGAUUUGAAAAAAGUUUAUUUAAAAGUAAAGAAUUUUUAAUGAAAGAUGGAUAUUCUUUCCAUAGUAAUGAAAAAUGUUUAAAUGAAACUUAUGAAAAAUAUAAAGAAUGUUAUAAAAAUAUUUUCGAAGAAUUAAAAUUAUCAUUUAAUAUAAUUAAAAAAAGAAAAAAAGACAAAAUGAAUGCUUUAGAAAGUCAUGAAUUUCAAGUACUUUCGAGAGAUGGCAAAUAUAAAGAAGCGGCACAUAUUUUUAAAUUAGGAGAUUAUUAUUCUAACAAAUUAGAUAUCAAAUAUUUAGACAAAAAAAAUGAAAAAAAAAAUAUACUUAUGGGUUCUUAUGGAAUAGGCAUAUAUCGUUUAUUGUAUUUUUUGAUAGAAAACUUUUAUGAUGAAGAAGGAAUUAAAUUACCUCAACAAGUAGCACCUUUUUCGGUCUACUUAAUACAAACGAAUCAAAAAAGUAAAUAUUCAGCAACAAAAAUUUCCAAAAUAUUGAAUAUGUAUAAAGACAGUAUGGAGAAAAAGGGAAACAUUUCACAACAAAAAAAUGAACAAGACGAUCAAGGGGAUGAUGAAUGUGGAAAUAGUACAUUUGUAAGUAAUAUACAUAAUGAUGAUAAGGUAAAUAAGGAUGAUACAUUAAAUAAUAAUAAUGAUACACUCAAUAGUAAUAAUACCCUUAAUCAUGAUAAUGGUGUAAACAUAAAUAAUACUUUGACAUAUAGCCCUUUAACUAGUAACGAUAUCGAAUAUAUUUUAACUCUAUGGCUUUUUAAUACAUUCAAAAAUAAAAAUGUAGAUAUUUAUUAUGACGACACUGAUUUACAUUUAUCAAGAAAACUAAAACAUUGUGAUUUGAUCGGAGCACCUAACAGAAUAAUAAUUAAUUUAAGUAACCUAGAUAAAAAAGUGAAAGUACCUACAAACUUUUAUAAUUAUAUAGAUAACAGUGAUAAUAUCUUAUUAAAUAAAUUAUAUUUAACUUUUCAAAAUAUUACCAUAGAAUAUAAACAUCGAUUUUCACAAGAAAAAAAAAUCAUGACAAUUCGUGAAUUAUUUAAAUAUUUUAAAUUUAUAUGA